AUCACCUUUCUUGGCACUGGUAGUGCUCAGCCAAGUGCAACACGAAAUCACCAAGCCAUGGCUCUCCGCUUGAAUGGCGACAUUUGGAUGUUUGAUUGUGGAGAGGCAACUCAGCAUCAGCUACAGAAGAGUAAAUUAAAGAUGGGCCGAAUUACACGCAUAUUCAUUACACACAUGCAUGGUGAUCAUUGCUUUGGUUUGGCACCAUUGUUAUGUAGCAUGACCGAGAAUCUAAAUUCCGGGUUGCCUCGUGCCAACGACCCACCAAUUGAGAUUUACGGACCACGUCCAUUACGACAUUGGCUGAGAACAAGUUUGAAAUCCACGUAUUCUCAUCUAGGUCGCCCUUACCGUGUUCACGAACUCCUGCUGGACAGUGAUACACCUGACACGAUUGUGGGGGUACCAAUUAAGCACUCUAUCCCUUCUCUCGGAUUCCUUGUUCAGGAACCCGAAUUUCCCGGCCAGCUGGAUAUCAAGACACUCACACCAAUUCUGCAACGAAAUUCUGAGGCACUCAAGGCUCAGGGAUACAAAAAUCCUUUGGCUAUUUUAGGUCAGCUUCAGCGAACGCUAAAACCAGUAACAUUACCCGAUGGGGCUAUUCUUAUGCCACCUGUGGCGCGCCCAGGACGACAAAUUAUUAUUUUGGGCGACACUUCGGACGCCUCUCCUAUCAUCAGUCUAUGUCAGAACAAACCCCAUUUAUUGGUCCAUGAAGCAACCAAUGCUCUGACCAUUGAGGAAAAGGCAUUGUCUCAUGGACACUCUACUCCACAAAUGGCUGGAAAAUUAGCACAGCAGAUGGGCGCCAAAAAGAUGAUCCUGACUCAUUUUAGUGUGCGCUAC